UGUGCGAACUCCAUACGUACACAGAAGCUGCUGGAAAACCACGUUACGAAGGGAAAGUACAGUAUCACGGGUAGCGUAGUCGCAUAUUGUCUGAAUGUAAAGACAGGAUGAAGAAAGUAGUGUUGGUAACCGGUGCAAACAGUGGCAUUGGCCUUGCCCUGUGUGAGCGUCUGCUGAGCCAGGAUGCCAAGCUGCAGCUCUGUCUGGCCUGCAGGAACAUGCAGAGGGCUGAUGCUGCUCGACAGGCUCUUCUAGUGUCUCACCCUCGCGCUCAGGUUACUCUGCUGCACUUAGACGUAGGCAACAUGGGCUCUGUGCUCAGGGCUGCCGAGGAGUUCAAGCAGAAGUACAACAGAUUGGACUGUCUGUAUCUAAAUGCUGGUAUCAUGCCUAAUCCCAGGGUAGAUCACAAAGCCUUUUAUAAAGGCCUGUUUUCUAGUAAUAUGGUUCGCAUGUUUGCCACGGGGGAGGGACUUCUGACCCAGGAAGAUAAGGUCACACCCAAUGGUUUGCAGGAGGUCUUUGCCACUAAUCUUUUUGGUCAUUUCCUUCUGGUGAGAGAACUGGAGCCUUUAUUGUGUCAAAUGGACCACAAUUCUCUAGUGAUCUGGACAUCCUCCAGUAAUGCCCAGCGUUCUGCCUUUAGUCUAGACGACAUGCAGCAUCAGAAAGGCCGUGAGCCCUACAGCUCCUCGAAAUAUGCAUCCGAUCUACUUAGCUUAGCCCUAAACCGUCACUACAACAACCAGGGAUUGUACUCAUCAGUGAUCUGUCCCGGUCUGGUCAUGACUAACCUCACCUAUGGCAUUCUACCAUCAUUCUUCUGGACUCUCAUCAUGCCAAUAAUGUGGCUUAUAAGGAUUUUCACCAACACUUUUACCCUCUCGCCUUACAAUGGAGCAGAGGCUCUGUUUUGGCUGUUCAUGCAGAAACCUGAGUCACUGGACCCGAUGGCCAAAUACCACAGUUUGACCUCUGGGCUUGGAAACAAUUACACCCAACCACACAAGAUGGAUAUUGAUGAAAACAUGUCAGAGGCCCUCUAUGUGAAGUUAUUAGAGCUCGAGGAUACAGUGAGGAAGAAACUGAGAGACGAGGAUGUAGAUAUCAAAACAAAAAACUAAAUGUGGACACAAAACCUCAUGCUUUCUAUCACCUCAUAACACAUUUCCUUCUUAAAGUAUUCUCUAAGGAAUGGAUUCACCUUGCGAAUAUUUAUUUUUCUUGAUGAUCUAUAGAAACAGCUUAUGAAAUGAUAAUGAUAAUCACGUUUAGAUUGUAUUUACCAAAAGUACUUUAAUCCAAACUGUUGCUUUCCCUUGCAGUUGAAUGUACAACUUUGGCUUUACUAUCACCAUGCUCUACUUAGAAGUAUUGUGCAUUUAUAUUUGUUGCAGUGCAUUCCAAGGUGAAUGGUUUUUACAUUUCUAAUUACUGUGAAGGGUCAACAGUUUCUGACUCUGAUGAAAAGCGGACCACAAUUCCUACGUGGAUUUUUAGCUGUUUUUAAUGUCCAUUUUAAUGUGCCCCCAAAGGGAUCUCUUCCAAGAUGUUCUGAUUAAUAUGAAAAACUAAUUGUGUGGUGUCACUGCUGAGGGAUUCGGGCAUCAGGCUGUGAAAAAUGAAAUCUGCUCUUUCCAGUGAACAAAAAUAUAUGUGUGGAACUGUAUAUGCACAUUUUAUGAUUAAUAAUUCAGCUUAAAAUAUAAACUAUUUGUAGUGUUUUAAGAUUUCACUUAACUUUGACAAUAUUUUACAGAUCUGAAUCUUUUCCAACAAAACAAAUAAUAAAUCUAAAAUGUAAUUUGUGUGAUAUACUUGCCGUACAGAUACAUGUGCGACUGAGACUUUUUUUUUUUACAAUCUUUUCUCUUUUUUUGUAUUAGCUCUCAAAGCACAAAGCAAAUGCAACAAAGUAAUAUGAAGUGCCUUUGAACAAUUUAUUCAACUACGUUGCGUUUAAUUAGCCUAUUGUACAUAUGAGAAAGUAAUGAUUGCAAUGCUCUGGAUGAGAUUUGGCAAUGUAGGGAGAUUGCAGAUAUUGAUGUUGCCAUGGUGACGAAGAUCAUAAAGAUGCACUUCCCUGUGUUAAUAGAGAAACGUGCAUACUGAAUCCAUCUUGACUUUGCAUGUUUUGCAAAUAAGUUUAGAUAUAUUUUUAACACAACUUGUCAGCCUUACCUUUGUCUUGCGCGCUGAUGUCCUAUGGUUACACGUCGAGAUGUUUGGUAUAUAACUUCUAAUGAAGCUGGAGCCUAUUUGCGCUGUUUUCUUUAAACUAAACAAUAUUAAUCCGUUAUACAGGAUGAAGCGGUGUAAGCGCGUGUCGGUUGAUCUUGUAUUUCGUGACUGGUUAGAUGUCGUACAGCUGCUGUAUGCACCGGCUGAACUGUCUCCACAUCUUCAGGAUCCGCAAAGAUUUGUUGUAGAGGGACUGAUAAACCGCUCGCGUCGCAGUCCGCUUCUUCGGCGAAGCCGCUGAGUUUAGGGUUGCAGAAUGCCCAGACCAUGCCACAAAAGUACACAAAAAACGCUGACAUCACCAAAAUCAUGAGCGCAUAAGACUCGAUCAUAGCCUCGGUCACCACGUUGGGCAUCCUUGCGCGACGAAAAACCACUUCCACGAAUACACAAAGCUCGAGUUGUGCUCAGUCGAGGGGUCGUUAGCUGAGUGUCCGUGAAUCAGGGUUCUUCUGUCCUCCAGCGCUCGAGCCUCACGCCUGCUUCUGCCUUUAUUACAGUUUAAGGAAAGUUUCGCACUUCGCUAUAUUUCUUUGUCAAUAAAAAAUACGUGUUUAUGACGAGAGGAAAUGAGAUUGCACAUUGAUCUAAACGCUAUGGGAGGGCACGUGGAGAAAGACGCUGUUUUAAACUAGUGUUUAAUUCGACCCGUUAUAUUAGGCGUGCUGGUGUCAGAAAAUAUUAACAGUAGUUUCCACAAAUCAUUUGUAGUGGAAACUGGGAUGAUUGCACAUUUUUGAAAGACACACCCCACCCCACCCCCCUGCCACUCACUCACCAGGGAUUACGCAAAAAUAUUCUUUACUGUUUUUUUUUUAGCUUUCUGUUUUUUCAGGAAAAUCACAUCAAAGUUCAUCAUAGAAGCCUGUUUGGUGUUUGAUGUGUGUUCACACUUGUUUCACAAUGUUUUACCUGAAGUGUGAACACACCCUCGCACAAUGCCAAACCUGCCUGACUUCUGUGUAAAAGAGCAAUUCUGAGAAAUUUCUAAAUCAGUGUUGACCAAAACAGGUUUAUUAUGAUCCGAGUGUGAGAAUUUUAGGUGAUCAUGGGUCAAAUAAUACAGUUGUAUACAUAAAAUCCUUUUAAAGUAGUAAAUAAAAGAUGAACGCAAUGAAAA